GUGAAGGGCAGCAUAUCCCUACCCUCCACCUGCCCGACUGCUACUCUACCUCUGACCUCAUCCCAAUUCGGGGACCAUUGGUCGUGUUUCCCCUGAUGCCUCUGUUCACCUAGCAGUAAAUAGGUACCCAGGCGACUUCACUAACCUCGCAGCUGUUCCUCUCUUCCUCUAGCACUAAAUAGGUGCCCGUGAGUUAGCCAACUGUUGUGGCUGGUCUCCGGUUCCUCACCCUGACAAUGGCAGGCCAGCAGACCGCAGACCAGCACACACAAGAACUGGUGGCGGCAGUUGAAGAUGGCGACCUGCAGCGCGCGCACGCAGCCAUCGUCCGGGGGGCCGACAUCCGGUGGACCCCACGAAGGGACGAGGAAGGCAGGUCACUCUGCCUGUUGACCCGGGCGGCUGAGCUGGGUCACGCCCCCUUGGUGACCCUCCUGUUAUGGAAAGGACUCCCCGUGGACGGGGCUGGUGAGUCCCUACGGUCACCGCUACACUGGGCGGCCCAUAAGGGUCGUGUCGACGUAGUGAAGAUGCUGAUAGAUGAAGAAGCCGACCUGAACAAGCCGGACCUACACGGCAACACCGCCCUACAUGCAGCCGCCCGGGAAGGCCACCUCGCGUGCGUGGACACACUACUCAAUCUCAAAGAUGCCAACGGCGUUCCUCGAUGCCACCCCGACCUUCAAAACAACAUAGGAAGGACGCCAUUUUACUUCGCUGCCGGUGGUAACCACAUAGCUGUGAUGAAGUCACUGGCACGUGCUGGCUGCAACAUUGAAGCAAAAGACAAUGAAAAUAACACAGCGUUGCACUCUGCAGCAUAUUUCGGAAGUCUGGAGGCGGUACAGCGUCUGGUAGUAGGCGACCUUAUCUCUAAUAUCCCCGAGGGACUUAAAACUGACGUCAAGAACAGUGUUGGAAACACACCGGCGGACGAGGCAAGUGCGGAGGGUUGGCAUCAUGUGGAGUGGUGGCUGAAAAAACAGCUUACUCGACCCGACUCUGAUGACUCUGAUGUCCAACAUCCGUUGGACAAAGUUAACCGGUGUGUGAGGCGGUGUAUGGGUGACUAUGACACAAUGCGGGAGAAAAUCGAGGACCGCUCACUUGGCUCAAUUGUUAAAUUUAUUCCGUAUAUAUAUGACGGACACCAGCAGGACGACACCGGCAGGACUUACCUACAUUGUGCUGCUGAGUUAGGGCUGACCGAUGUGGUGGAGGUCCUCCUGAAGAAGUGCGGACUGUACCCACACGUCCUGACCUGGGAAGGUGAGAGUCCUGCUGACCUGGCGGAGCACAAAGGUCACUUACAUCUGCACCACUAUAUCAAAAGGUACCCACACGGUAUGGACUCGGGAGAAGAGUCACCAGAACAGCUGUACGAGAAGCUGUUGGAGCUCAUCAGCAAGCGUGAUGACGUCAAGAAGGCAGUAGAGUUACUGCAGAAGGGGUCGCCGUUGGAACCCUUGGGAGAGUGUAGGGUUUCCGCUCUGUGUUCGGCCAUCACCAGUAACCGGCCCAAGAUCGUCAGCCUCCUGGUGGCUGCAGGAGCGCCGCUAACUACCAUCUCUAGUGGCCUCAACCUUCAGACGAUGGCCUGGCACUCUCCGGACGUCUCUCUUCUGGUGAAGGUCGCCAUCAAAAGGGUGUUCACGCUGGUUCUGAAGCAUGAAUUGAAUAAGCUUCAACAGCUGCCUAAACUUGUCACAGGUGUCAAUGGACUCGUAACCGCCUUAGAAGGCAAGGAACCCAGCAGCGCCAAGUGGCCUCACGCAGGAAAGUCUUCAGUAAAGAGCCUCACGGAGCUGAUGGUACACGCUGCUCGGGCCAAGUGUACCUUAACCUGUAGCUACCUGUACCUGGCUGGCGCUGAGGCCUCCCUCCGCCCUGGGUCAGGUGUGAGUCCCCUGCACACUGCACUGAAGGCUCAGCACUGGAGGCUGGCGGAGCGGAUGGUCCUGGACAUGAACGGCUGUCUCUAUGUUUCUGACUCCACAGGUCACUUACCCGCUACCAUCCUGCCUCCAGAGUCCCGCCAGCCACUUGAGGAGAGUAUUUACAUGAAGGAAAGGAGCCAGCUGCAAGACUUGCAGGAGAAGAUAAAGAGCCAAACUGAGAAGCAACAGCUGCAGGAUGUCGUGGAAGUUCAGGAGCGGCUCUUCGCUACCUACUCGAGCCAGGCAACAGACAACAGGACAGCCAGAACCAGUUCAACAGUGUCGCCCACGGAUAGCUAUGCUCUCCUGGUGGCCUCGCGGAAUGGGCUUCAGCAGCUGGUGUACCUGCUAGUGAAGGUCGGAGGCGUGGACGUCAACGCACCAGUGGAUCCCACCGGUGACACCACUGCGCUCCAUCAGGCAGCUUCUCAUGGCAAGUCUGGCUGCCUCCUCCUGCUCUUCAGUCUUGGCGCCGACCCGCUCCUGCGUGACAGAUAUGAUCAAACUCCUCGUCACUUGGCUGCAAUGUUCGGCCACAAACAUUCUUAUAAACUUUUAACUCAACUUCACAGGAAGAAAAUUCUACGUAACUUCUCGAGUCCUCAAGAAGUUAGAAGAAAACUUCCUACUCCUCAAAAAGUAAGCAAAAAUUUUGAUAAAUAUUAUAAAAGGUACGUUGACUUACCUUCAACAACUCCACAAAAUGAUCAAACGAGAGCUACUAUGCAUCUACUUAAAGAAAUUAAGAUGGAAGAGUUGGAGAAUGAUGUAGAGGCUGCUAAGGUUGACUACACUAAAGGAGAAGCAAAGAUGGUUAAGGAUGCCGUAAUGAAAGAGCUUAAGGAGAUUACAAACGUGAUUUCAGUUGAAUGCCCAAUUUUUGGAGGACAACUCAUCUUACUUGGGAGCAGUGAAGAUGGCACUCGACUCUACUAUCCUGAUGAGUACGACGUCAAUCUUGUUCUUUCAACGAACGCCAGCUUCAGUGUCAGGAAGCAAACAGACGCAGAAGUCCUGGCCAGUGGACACGAGAGUAAGGUGCAGCUGGAGACACAAGACCACAUCCUCCGUGGUAACAACCUGAUAACAAAGUUUUAUGAGCGAGUCUAUCACUGUCUCAAGAACUAUACUUUGGAUAACAAAAAGCUAAGUCUGGUGCCACCUGGGCUGACCAGGACGCAGGUGGGCGUGGCACUGGCACUGGCCUGGCAGGGAGAGGAGUAUCCCCUGUUGCUGGUCAGCGUUGAUUUAGUGCCUGUGCUGGAAGUCCCUUGGCUUGAGGGGAUCAAGAGACCUCUCCUCACACCAGACACAUCACAACUGAUCCACCUCAGCAACACACAAGAUGGAUCCUGGCGAUGCAGCUUCGCCUCAACAGAAGUGUCGCUGCUGAAGGGGUUGGACCCCACGGAGUACCAGGUAUUUAUCACCUGCAAGUUUCUCCUCUCUCGCAUGAAGGCUGAACCCUGGAUGCCUAGAGAUCAGAAGAACCGGUUUUCCUGGUGGGAUUCCCGCUACUGGAAAGUCCCGACUCCUGCAGGAUUCUGCCUCAAGAACGCCUUCUUUCAACACUUGGAGGAGAAGCGAACAAACGCAGCAACGAACGCGAGCACGAACGCGAGUACAGAACACAAGAAGAUAUUGACAGUGAAAUCCGUGUUCAGAAAAAUGUGCUUGGAUAUAAUUUGUCCAAAUUGCAAGAAUGAGAGACUUGUGCCAGGUAAAGUAGGAGCUUACUUCGGAAAGGAAUGCGAGAGGCCCAAAGUGGGCGAAGGAGCUCCGGAAAUUGUCAACUCUCUUGAGACAUAUUUACAAAAACUUUAAGAACGUUAAGCUGGUCUCUUGGGCUCAGACGGCCCCCCGUGGACCAGCAAGUGACAGUCUUGUACUUCAGGGCCCUCAGACGGGCCCCCCGUGGACCAGCAAGUGACAGUCUUGUGCUUCAGGGCCCUCAGACGGGCCCCCCCCUGGACCAGCAAGUGACAGUCUUGUGCUUCAGGGCCCUCAGACGGGCCCCCCCUGGACCAGCAAGUGACAGUCUUGUGCUUCAGGGCCCUCAGACGGGCCCCCCCUGGACCAGCAAGUGACAGUCUUGUGCUUCAGGGCCCUCAGACGGGCCCCCCCCUGGACCAGCAAGUGACAGUCUUGUGCUUCAGGGCCCUCAGACGGGCCCCCCCUGGACCAGCAAGUGACAGUCUUGUGCUUCAGGGCCC